AUGGUGACUGUGGAAGUGGAGAAACGGAGCUACCGUCUUUCCACAAGCAUGUGUUUCUCCCCUGAUCACAGACAACUUUGGGAAGGUGCCACUUACUCUGUUCAUGCAGUUAAUCAGGAUCAGCUGAAGAUCGCUGAAGCUGGAGACAGCAUUCAUCUGUCCUGCUUCAGUUCUAGAGAUACAAAAACUACCAUUGUGUGGAUCAAACAAAAUUCCGGGGAAAAACCUGUUGUUAUUGCUACAUCAUAUCAGCACCAACCUGGAAUAUUUCAAAAUGGCUUUGAUCAGAGCGGCCGCUUCGAAACACAAACAGCAGCUGAAAGCUUUAAUCUGACCAUCUCCAAUUUAGAGCCAUCAGACACAGCAACGUACUACUGCACUGUCAUAUUUUUCUAUGAUAUCACUUUUGGAGAAGGAACUUUUCUAGUUGUUAAAGAUGCAUCACUGACAAAGCACAGAGUUCACCAGCACCCGGUGUUAGAGGCCUUUCAUCCAGGAGACUCUGUGACUCUGCAGUGUUCAGUGCUCACUGAGAGCUGCUCAGGAGAUCACAGUGUGUACUGGCUCAGACAUGGAUCAGGAGAAUCCCAUCCAGGAAUCAUUUGCACUCAUGGAAACAGGAGUGAUGAGUGUAAGAAAAGCUCUGAGACUGAUUCUCCUACACAGAGCUGUGUCUACAAACUCCCCAAGAGAAACCUCAGCCUCUCUGAUGCUGGAACUUACUACUGUGCUGUGGCUGCAUGUGGACAGAUCAUAAUUGGGAAUGGAACUCAACUGGAUGUUAACGAUAGUACAUUUUGGAUUCCAACUGUUGUGGCUUUGGCGGCUUCAAACAUGAUAUGUUUGUGUGUGACUGUAAUUCUUGGAGGACUCUUAUGCAAGUACCAGCAAAAAAGUGCUGUUGAUGAUUCUCAAUUGAAUCAGGCUCAGGUUGAAGAGAGAGAUACUAUGAAUUAUGCCUCACUAGGCCUUUCUCAGAGACCCCCCACCACUAGAAGAACUGGAGAGAAGAUGAACCAAGAUCAUGCUUUUACCAGUAUUGCACAAAGCUCCAAAGACCCAUCCCUGCCUGAGGCCCUCAACAAGUUCUACGCCCGCUUUGAGAACCCUGACACCCCCCCCAGCACCAAACUCACACACUCACCAGGAGAGGAGCCCCUCAGCGUGACACCAGCAGAAGUAAGAAGGACGCUGAGGAGGAUCAACCCCCGGAAAGCUGCUGGCCCGGACAACAUCCCCGGAAGGGUGCUAAGAGACUGCGCCGACCAGCUCUCGGACGUCCUGGCGGACAUCUUUAACGCCUCCCUCAUCCAGGCAGCAGUCCCCUCUUGCAUGAAGACUGCCACCAUCAUCCCGGUCCCCAAGAGCUCUGCAGUGACGGGUCUAAAUGACUACUGGCCAGUGGCCCUCACGCCGAUAAGAAUCCUGUAG